AUGAUACCUUUCACAUUUCAAAAUCGACUCAAGUCAAUAUCUGAUCUUGUUAAACAAAAUGUCUAUAAUCAGUGCAAAUCAUUCUCCCAAAAAAGUCAUUCAUUAGAAGCAUUGCAACAUAAUAAUCGUAACAAUCAAUUCAUCUCUUCUAACAGAACGACUACUUUAGAAAAUGUUUAUCUAUUAUUACGUUAUUCACCAAGAAGAAAUGAUGAAAGUGGAUUAUAUUUACAAGUAGCUACAUCAUAUUUACUCUCACAAAAUUUACAACAAUUAUCUAUUCAACAACAAAGUCGAAUACGAGUAGCUAUUUUUCUUAGUGAAAACUAUACAAAUGCUAUGUAUUCACGAUUAGAACAAUGGUUUAAAAGUAUUUAUGAACCAUACACAGAUGUGACACAUAUCAUUCGUACAAAAAAUGAUUAUCAAGCAUCACGAAAAUUUAUGAUGAAUUAUACAAAAUACAAUGAUGAAGUUCAAUUAGAUACAAUUUUAUUUCUACUCGAAGAUGAUUAUAUAUUUGAGAGAGAUAUGCUUUCUGAUACAAUUGAAUUUUUUUCUAGUCAUAAUCCUUGCUUUAUUCAACAAACAGAUGACUCGGAUCGUUGUAGAUUGGAUAUGAAUGAAAAUGAUGGUUCUAUUACCAUUGUGAAUGGAAGAACUCGUUUAUGGCGUUCCAUUUCUUCAACUACUGUUAGUUAUGCAUGUCGUUUGAAAACAUUUCUGGCUUUUGAAGAUAUUUUGAUGCAUGAUGACGAUGAUGAUUUUGAAUUACGUAGAAAAAUACGUGAUCGAGUUGGCAGUGUAGCUAUAUUCUGUGCUAUUCCAUCGUAUGGUGCUCGUUUAGAAGCGCUUCUUUUGCCAAAUGAAAUCAAUACAACAGCUGAUAUUGACAAUGCAGCAUACUUCAAGGAUUGGUGGUCAUUUGCUCGUCAUGCAGUAUCAGAAGCACAAAAACAAGAUACUUUUCCAGCUCGAAAAGUAAACGAACAAAAUCUUUUUCUUAAAUAA